AUUUAUAUUUCCUUCAUGUGUGUAGAGAACCUCUGUGAGAUAAUACCUACUGAAGAAGGACAUCAAGAGAUACAGUAUGCAACCUGCACCGGAUGAAGACUUGUACACUAUCUUAGAAUCAUCCUCAUCAGCGUCAUAUCAAGAAUUGAAAGCAAACUACAGAAAACUUAUUCUAAAGUAUCAUCCAGACAAACUAAAUGAAGAGGAGAGAGACGUAAGUUCAUUUGAGUUCCAGAGAUUAGACCAAGCAUGGAAGAUCCUGAGUAAUCCUGGGCUUAGACAUCAAUAUGACACACAACAAAGAGCUGACCAAUUGACGAGUGCUUUAGUCCAUGAUGAGAUAGAGCUACAUGAAAUGACAUGGCAUCAAGAUGACCUGACCUACAUCUAUCCAUGUAGAUGUGGAGGUGACUAUACCCUCUCUCGGAAUCAUGCAUCAGGAUCAAGGACAGUGAACUGUUCUAACUGCUCGCUAUAUAUCAACGUAUCGGUAGAACAGCAACCAGAUAAAUCUACACAGAAUGAUAUGACAAAGAGAUGAAACAAGAUCUGAAAUGCUCUCCCUUUAUCAGAGUAAGAACAACAUCUUGAACCAGAUGAUGUUACAGGAGUAAUAGCUAAGAGAUGACAAAAGACUCUAGAGCAGGCCUUCUCAACUAGUUUAUUAGAAGUGCCAAAAC